AAGAAAAAAAAAAACCAGCAAAGACUCCAUUUUCAAGCGCUCUUUGAGCUCUGAAAAUGGCUGCUUUGCCUCUGGGUGGCUGCAUUUUCUUCAUUCUGUGAUGGGUCUCAAUUGCCAUUCUCCAAAAAGGUUGGAACUAGGUACUCAUUGAUUCCUGGUUUCACUUUCAGCAUGAAAUCAGGAUCGAAGAAUGGUUGGCACUCUAUUGUCCCUCUUUGUCUGAGAGGCAAAACGGCUGCCCAUUUUUGCAUGUUUCCGAGAGUAAAGUCAGCAGGCUAUGGUCCAGGAAAUGCACCUGUCUAUCUAAAUGUAUAUGACUUGACACCUAUAAAUGGCUAUGUCUACUGGGCAGGCAUUGGUAUCUUUCAUUCUGGGGUGGAAGUUCACGGUGUGGAAUAUGCUUUUGGAGCCCAUGACUACUCGACAAGUGGCGUCUUCGAAGUUGACCCUCGUCAAUGUCCUGGUUUCAAGUUUAGAAAGUCAAUCUUUAUGGGCACAACAUGCCUGGAUCCUUUCCAGGUUAGGGAGUUUAUGGAACGCCAAUCUGCAAACUACAGUGGUGAUACAUAUCACUUGAUUGUCAAGAACUGUAACCAUUUCUGUGCGGAUAUCUGUUACAAGUUGACGGGAAACCGGGUACCCAAAUGGGUAAAUCGACUUGCAAGAAUAGGUUCCUUCUGCAACUGCAUACUCCCACAGGCUCUCAAGGCUUCCACGGUGCGACACGACCCCAAUUCCCAAGGAUACGACAAUGAGAAGAAGAGGCUAAGAAGUGCCUUCAGUUGCUUGUCAUCAAUCUCAAUGAACCAGAAAGAAGUAUCAAUGUCAUCCUUGUUUCUACAUUCGCACUGUAAGGGCUGCUUACCGCCAUGGGAGCUGAAACGGUCUAGAAAUCGCUCCUUGAGGGAAGGGUGAGAACCUUGCUUAUCCCAUCAUCGCUUUCUCGGCCAAAAGAGCAUCAAACCUCGUUUUUCCGCAACAUCUGGCCGUUGGGGAAUGUCACUUUCGUAUUCCAUGAGUCUCUAGGAUGAAAAAUCAUGUGUUGUUGUUUUGACUGUAAAAACCAUGAAACUUUUUCAUCCAUGCUAACAGGUUUGGGAAGGUUGUUUGUUGUCUC